GACUACGACGGCUCCGUGCUGCCCUUCCUCGGGGGGCUGGGCGGCAGGUACCAGCGGACCUUGGUGCUGCUCACCUGGGUCCCGGCCCUCUUCAUCGGCUUCAGCAAGUUCUCGGACUCCUUCCUUCUGGACCAGCCUGACUUCUGGUGCCGGGAGGCGGACGGGCAGGGCAACUGGAGCGGGUCCUUGGCUCCGAGCCACGCCAACCGCAGCGAUAACGCACCGCCCGGGCUGCCCACCCCGGCAGGGGGCAACGCCAGCGAGUGCGACUGCCACGAGUGGCACUACCGCAUCAGAGCCGGCCUCGUCCAGAACGUCGUGAGCAAGUGGGAUCUUGUUUGUGAUUCUGCCUGGAAAGUCCACAUUGCUAAAUUCUCCCUCCUGGUAGGAUUAAUCUUCGGCCACUUAAUAACAGGAUGUAUAGCUGACUGGGUUGGUCGACGGCCUGUACUGCUCUUCUCUGUCAUAUUCAUUUUGAUAUUUGGACUGACUGUGGCACUCUCAGUGAACGUGACCAUGUUCAGCACACUCAGGUUUUUUGAGGGGUUUUGCCUGGCUGGAAUAGUCCUCUCUCUGUACGCACUGC